AUGGCAAACGUCAAUUACCUCCUGCACGAGUCGGCCCUGGGCUAUGGCAUCUUUGAAGUUGUCUACCAGGCCGACAGCGUCGGCCUGCGGCUCAAGGAGGUUCAGGACUCCAUGUCCGACCUCUCCAAGUUUGGAAAGAUGGUGAAGCUCGUGAACUUCACGCCGUGGCGCAACCACGCCGAGGGUCUCCAAAACAUCAACGAAGUCUCGGAGGGUAUUCUGACCGAUUAUCUCAAGUCAGCCCUUGAGCUUAACCUGCCCAAGACGAGCGGAAAGAAGAGCAAGGUUGUUCUGGGUGUCGCCGACAAGAAGCUGGCGGGAGAGAUCAGCGCCACGUUCCCUGGUGUUGUGUGCGAGACCAACGAUACCUCCGAAGUUGCGGCCGACCUGCUCCGUGGCAUCCGUCUGCAUUCCGAGAAGCUUCUGAAGGGCCUGCACGAGGGUGAUGUUGCGAGGGCACAGCUUGGUAUGGGCCACGCCUACUCCCGUUCCAAGGUCAAGUUCAACGUCCACAAGAACGACAACCACAUUAUUCAACAAAUCGCCACUCUCGAUGCGCUCGACAAGGGUAUCAACGCCGGCUGCAUGAGGGUGAGGGAAUGGUACGGCUGGCACUUCCCCGAGCUCAUCAAGAUCGAGUCGGAUAACGUCGCGUACGCCAAGCUUGUCCUCGCUAUCGGUGACAAGAAGACCUUGACCGAUGAGAGCCUCCAUGAUCUGGCGGCUCUUGUUGGAGACGACGGAGACAAGGCUCAGGCCAUCAUCGAUGCCGCCAAGGUGUCUAUGGGCCAGGACAUCACCGAGACCGACGUCGAGAUGGUCAAGUCAUUUGCCAAGAGCGUCUCCAAGAUGGCUGCUUAUCGGCGAACACUGGCUGAGUCUCUCGAGAAGAAGCUCGGCAUCGUCGCUCCCAACCUGCAGACGAUUCUGGGUACUGCUGUGGCUGCUCGUCUCAUCUCGCACGCCGGCUCGCUCACCAACCUUUCCAAAUACCCCGCUUCCACGCUGCAAAUUCUCGGUGCCGAGAAGGCUCUGUUCCGUGCGCUCAAGACCAAGGGCAACACCCCCAAGUAUGGUCUGAUCUACCAGAGCUCGUUCAUCGGUCGUGCUGGUGCUCGCUACAAGGGAAGGAUCUCGCGCUAUCUCGCCAACAAGUGCUCUAUCGCCAGUCGUAUCGACAACUUCUCUGAGCACCCCUCAAACCGCUUUGGCGAGGUUCUGCGCCAGCAGCUCGAGGAUAGGCUAGAGUUCUACUCCAGCGGCAAGAAGCCCAUGAAGAACGUGGAUGCCAUGCAGGCCGCCAUGGACAAGAUCAUGGCCGAGGGCGGCGAUGACCUGGCCAUCGACCACGAGAUGAUUGAUGCUCACGAGGGCGACCCGACUGAGGCCGACAAGAAGAAGGCCAAGAAGGAGAAGAAAGAGAAGAAGGACAAGGAGGGCAAGAAGGAGAAGAAGGACAAGAAGCGAAAGUCGAUGGACGCCGACGCCAUGGACGUUGAUGGUGAGGGCGAGAAGAAAAAGAAGAAGAAGAAGAAGUCACUCUCCGCUGAGUAG